AUGAAUAUCACCCACCGUGAUCCGAGGGAGGCCUCGUUGGUCCAGAUGAAACGGUACUUGUCCGGUGACCUUGAGAGCGCGGGUCAGAAGGUGCGCCAGCGCCUGGAGUCCAGUCGGUUCGCGCGAGGGCUGCUGAAAGUGAUCGGAGUGCUGGCCGUCACUAUGGUGCUGGCUGAUGGCCUGCUCACUCCAGCCCAGUCCGUUCUUGGAGCCGUUCAAGGCAUUGAGGUUGUGCAGCCGAGCAUAUCCAAGGGCACAGUGAUCGGUGUUACUGAUGCCAUUCUUAUCGUGCUGUUUUUUAUUCAGCCGUUGGGGAUCACGAAAUUAUCCUUCGCGUUUUCACCGAUCGUGAUUAUCUGGCUCGGGUUCAAUGCGGCGACCGGUAUAUACAACCUCGCCAAGUAUGACGCCGGGGUUUUCCAGGCUUUUAAUCCUGGCCUCGCGUUCGAAUUCUUGAUCCGUAACAAAACACACGGAUGGAGGAUGCUAGGUGGUACUUUGCUCGCCUUCACGGGUGUGGAAGCCCUCUUUGCGGACCUAGGUGCCUUCAGCCGAAGAGCGAUCCAGGUCAGCUGGCUGUGCUAUACGUUUCCGUGCCUUUUGUUAGCAUACAUCGGCCAGGCAGCGUACAUCAGCGUCCACCCAGAAGCAUAUUCGAAUCCCUUUUUCAACUCGGUCCCACCUGGAACCAUCUAUCCCGCCUUGAUCAUCGCCAUUUUAGCUGCUAUUGUUGCAUCGCAGGCCAUCAUUACCGCCACCUUCCAGAUAUUCCACGGGCAGCUCUUCAUUCCCGUCGCGAAUUGGCUGCUGAUGAUUGGAACUAUCUUGAUCGCAUCGAUUUAUAACAACACAACAUCCUUGGGUAAUGCGUACGGCGUAUGCGUCAUGUUCGUGACUUUUUUCGACACCUGCAUGGUGUCUCUGGCUGCAAUGUUCGUCUGGCGGAUCACCCCAUACCUUGUCUUCCUCCCGUGGCUCACAGUGGUCUGCCUGGAUGGUACUUAUCUCUCGUCGGCACUGACCAAGGUGCCUCAAGGUGCCUGGUUCACGAUCACGCUCGCUGCAAUCCUUGCAAUGCUGUUUCUUUUGUGGCGAUACGGCAAAGAACAGCAGUGGUUCGCCGAAGCUGAGGACCGCUUCCCCACAUCACAUUUCAUCGUAUCCAGCCCAGAUGGCCAAAUGUCCCUGUCCAAGCGAUACGACGACCUUCCAGUUAGCGUCAACCGCGGUCUUGGGAUCUUCUUCGACAAAGCGGGCGAAACGACUCCGAUCGUGUUCAGCCAGUUUGUGCUUAAGCUCAACUCUUUGCCCGAAGUGAUUGUGUUCUUCCAUCUCCGCCCCCUCGAGCAACCUUCAGUCGCCACUGAGAAUCGAUUUACCGUGUCGCGUUUGGCCAUUCCAAAUUGUUACCGGCUGGUUGUUCGAUACGGAUAUAAUGACGAGAUCAUCACACCCGACUUGGCGAGCGUGAUCGUCGACCAGGUCCGGAAAUAUCUAAUGUCGAGUAGCCCCAGCGUGCCCUUAGGCGAAGAGGGCGGGGAAAAGGAUUCUGUGGCCCGUGGCAGCUCGAUGGCGGAGGGCAGCAGAGACGCUCACGCCUUCGUCGGUACUGAAAUCGCUCAUCUGGAAGCGGCAUAUUCACACAAAGUGCUCUAUAUUGUGGGGAAGGAGCAGAUGAAAAUCAAGCCCGACACAGCGCUCGUCCGAAAAUCCUUGCUACACGUCUUUUUGUGGAUCCGGGAUAACACGAGGAACAAAAUGGCUAACCUCCGGCUGCCAACAGAUAAGCUGAUUGAGGUAGGUUUUCUGAAAGAGAUAUGA